AUGGAGGCUAUGUUGCAACAAUCUCGGGCCAUGUGUCCGUUCCUGAAGCGCACCGCCCCUGCUACCCUGCGUACUCUGUCCACGGCCACCCGCCCCAGCGCCGGCGGCGGUACCAUGUCUAACCUUCAGGUCCUGGCCCGCCGAUGCCCGGUCAUGAGCAAGGCUCUUGCCGUCCAGAGCGCCCGGAUGAAUGGAACCAAGCGUUUCACUUCUACUGCGGCUGGUGUUUCUACCGUCAAGCCAUUCCGUGUUCCCGCGGAGAAGCGCGACUUGCACACCACCGGUGGCCACCCAGCUAGCGUCGCGACGGACACCUACCGCAAGAAUGAGCAAGUUCACCCUAACAUCGCUCACCUUCGCGCAAAGCCGGUCCCUGAAGCCGCCCUCCAUGGCCCUCGUCCGAACGCCCCGAUCACCUCUCACUUCAACUACAACGCGUUCUAUGAUGGCGAGCUGGAGAAGAAGCAUCAGGAUAAAUCGUACCGCUACUUCAACAACAUCAAUCGUUUGGCCAAGGAAUUCCCUCGGGCCCAUACUGCCUCCGCCGAGGAGCGUGUGACUGUCUGGUGCUCCAAUGAUUAUCUGGGCAUGGGCCGUAACCGCCAGGUCUUGGAGACCAUGCACCAGACCCUCGAGACCUACGGGGCUGGUGCGGGCGGCACGCGUAAUAUCUCUGGCCACAACAAACAUGCAGUGGCAUUGGAAGACACAGUGGCAAAGCUCCAUGGGAAGGAAGCGGCCCUGGUUUUCAGCUCUUGCUACGUUGCCAACGACGCGACCCUCGCCACCCUCGGUAGUAAGUUGCCUAACUGUGUCAUUUUGUCGGACAGUCUGAACCAUGCCUCUAUGAUCCAGGGUAUCCGUCAUUCCGGUGCCAAGAAAAUGGUUUUCAAGCAUAACGAUCUGGAGGAUCUAGAGGUCAAGCUUGCCUCCUUGCCCGCCAAUGUACCCAAGAUCAUUGCCUUCGAAUCUGUGUACAGCAUGUGUGGCUCCAUUGCUCCCAUUGAAAAGAUUUGUGAUCUGGCGGAGAAAUACGGCGCGAUCACGUUCUUGGAUGAGGUGCAUGCGGUGGGCAUGUACGGUCCCCAUGGAGCCGGCGUUGCGGAGCAUCUCGACUAUGAUAUCUAUGCCUCGCAGGAUACUGCUACUCCCCAAAGCACCAAGGGCACCGUGAUGGACCGUAUUGAUAUCAUCACCGGUACUCUGGGCAAGGCGUACGGCUGCGUGGGCGGAUACAUCGCUGGCUCUGCUAACCUUGUGGAUACUAUCCGUUCUCUCGCUCCCGGAUUCAUCUUUACGACCUCGCUCCCACCUGCGACCAUGGCGGGCGCUGAUGCGGCCAUUCAGUACCAGUCCCAGCAGCCCCGGGACCGUGUGCUUCAGCAGCUGCACACCCGCGCCGUCAAAUCUGCUUUGAAGGAGUUGGAUAUCCCCGUCAUCCCCAACCCGUCGCACAUCGUGCCUCUCCUCGUUGGCAAUGCCGAGGUCGCCAAGCAAGCCUCGGAUAAGCUUUUGGAAGAGCACGGCAUCUACGUGCAGGCCAUCAACUAUCCCACGGUCCCCCGCGGCGAGGAGCGCCUUCGCAUCACCCCCACUCCCGGCCACACCAAGGAACUCCGCGACCAUCUUGUCAAGGCCGUCGAUGCAGUCUGGAAGGACCUCGGAAUCAAGCGCACCAGUGACUGGCAAAGUGUCGGCGGCUUCGUCGGCGUCGGUGUCGAAGGUGCGGAGGCCGCUAACCAGCCAAUCUGGGAGGAUAGCCAUCUGGGACUGUCUACCGAUGAAUCUCUCGAGGCUGCCAUUGCCCGUGAACUCGAAGCCGAAGCAUCCCAGAACGCCGUGCCGCUCACGACCGCCACCCCUGUGAGCGAGCGCGUCCCCUCCGCGUUCUCUGCUACCCCUGUGGGUGUGGCUGCAUAA